CCCGCCUUCCGACGGGGGUGCGGCUCCAGGAAACGGCGCGCUCGAAGCUCUGCGCUCCGCCACCCGACGCGCUCCAGACCCAGACGACCCCACCGACUCAGCCAGACCAUCCGACGGGCCCCAGUGGCGGCAGCGGAGAGCGCGAUCCCGGGUUGGAGCCUGGGACACCUUAGCACGGACGGGGCGGGCAGCGCAGACAGGCCAUGGGGACCCGGGCCAGGCCAGCGGAGGCGGGCCAGCGGGAGUCCCGAGCCUGAGAAGUGGGCAGCGGGGCAGCAGUGGCCAUGACCUCGGUGUGGAAGCGCCUGCAGCGCGUGGGCAAGCGGGCAGCCAAGUUCCAGUUCGUGGCCUGUUACCACGAGCUGGUGUUGGAGUGCACCAAGAAAUGGCAGCCGGAUAAGCUAGUGGUGGUAUGGACCCGGCGGAACCGACGCAUCUGCUCCAAGGCCCACAGCUGGCAGCCGGGCAUCCAGAACCCAUACCGGGGCACCGUGGUGUGGAUGGUACCUGAGAAUGUGGACAUCUCCGUGACCCUCUACAGGGACCCUCACGUGGACCAGUAUGAGGCCAAAGAGUGGACAUUUAUUAUUGAAAAUGAGUCUAAGGGGCAGCGGAAAGUGCUGGCAACAGCUGAAGUGGACCUGGCCCGCCAUGCAGGGCCCGUGCCCGCCCAGGUCCCGCUGAAGCUGCGGCUGAAGCCCAAGUCGGUGAAGGUGGUGCAUGCUGAGCUGAGCCUCACUCUCUCAGGGGUGCUGCUGCGGGAGGGCCGUGCCACGGAUGAUGACAUGCAGAGUCUCGCAAGCCUCAUGAGUGUGAAGCCUAGUGAUGUGGGCAACUUGGAUGACUUUGCUGAGAGUGAUGAAGACGAGGCUCAUGGCCCAGCAGCCCCCGAGGCCCGUGCUCGAAUCCCCCAGUCAGGCCGGGGCGGUGCCCUGAGGCCGGGGCGUUUCCCAGAUCCUUCUCGAGAGCUGAAGACGCUUUGCGAGGAGGAGGAGGAAGGCCGAGGACGACCCCAGCAGGCAGUUGCCAGCCCUUCUAGUGCUGAGGACACCAGCUCAGCCCCUGUGAGUGCUCCUGCACCCCCAGCCAGAGCCUCCCGAGGCCAGGGGUCAGAACGAGCUACUGAAGCUGGGGGCCAGGUGGGCCCUGAGGCCCCAAGGCCCCCGGAAACCUCAGCAGGGAUGAGGUCUUCAAGGCAGCCAGGCCAGGACACAGCCCCCACCCCAGCCCCUCGGCUCCGGAAAGGCUCGGAUGCCCUCCAGCCCUCAGUCCCCCAAGGGGAGGAUGAGGUCCCCAAAGCCUCAGGGGCUCCCCUAGCAGGAUUGGGCUCUGCCAGGGAGACCCAGGCCCAGGCACGACCUCAGGAAGGGACAGAAGCCUGUGGAGCUAGGCUGGGCCCAGGCAUUGAGGAGAAAGGCUCUGGAGAGCCUUUUGGAGGGCAGAGACUCAAGGCUGAAGAGAUGGGUACUGGGGACAGGCCAGAGGCCAGUGGGGGGGACGCUGAGGCCAGUCGGGGGAACACUGAGGCCAGUGGUGUGGACAGUGAGCCCAGGGCAGGAGGCAGAGAGGUCAACACUAAGAGGGCAGGAGUCAGAGCUGGGGAGGCUACAGAGAGUUCAGCAGUUUGUCAGGGGGAUGCUGGGCAGAGGUUAAAGGUGGGACAUGUGGACACUAAGGGACCAGAGGCAACAGGGGCUAUGCCUGAGGCAAGAUGCAGGGGGACCCCUGAGGCUCCUCCAAGGGGCUCUCAGGAGAGGGUGGGAGUCAGGACUAGGGAUGAGGCUCCCUCAGGCCUGAGCCCGCCCCUAGUGGAGACUGCAGGGCACUCUGGGCAUCUUGGUGACCUCCAGGGGGCCAGGGUUGCUGCAGGCCAGGAGAGAGAGGGUGCAGAAGUGAGGGGCGGAGCCCCUGGUAUUGAGGGGACAGGCCUGGCGCAGGGCCCCUCUGUUGAAGCAACAAGCACUGGGCCACAGGUGAGCAGCUGGCAGGGGGUCCUGUUAUCAGCUACCCAGGGGGCGAUAUCUAGGGUUCUGGGGGCCUGGGAGGCAGAAGCUGGGGGUUCACGGGUCCUGGAGACAGAGAUUGAGGUGGUAGGGUUGGAGGUGCUGGGGGCCCAGGAGAAAGAAGUUGGGGGGUCGGGGUUCCCAGAGACGAGGACACUAGAGAUUGAGGUACUGGGGGUCUUAGAGACAGAAGCAGCAAGCUCAAGGGUCCUGGAGGUGGAGUUUGCGGGGACAGCACAGUGUGAGGGACUGGAGACCCAGGAAACCCAGGUGGCGGUCACAGAGGCCCCAGGGACAGAGACUGGGGUGGCAGAAUCUGAGGUAUUGGGGACCCAGAAAACAGAGGCUGGGGGUUCAGGAGUUGUGGGGACAAGAACUAGGAUAGCAGAGACUGAGAUACUGGGGACCCAUGAGAUAUCUGGGGACUCAGGGACACUGAGGCUGGAAGGUAGGAUAGCAGAAUCUGAGACGCAGGGGGCCCAGGAGACAGAGGUGAAAGAUUCUAGGGUACCAGAGACAGAGGCUGAGGGGACAGAGGCUAAAACAUUAGGGACCCAGGAGAUAACAGCUAGGAGUUCAGGGGUCCCAGAGACAGAAGCUGAGAUAGCAGAGUCUGAGAUAUUGGUAGCCCACGAGAUAGAGAUGAGGCUUUUGGGGGUCCCGGGGAUAGAGACUGGGGCAGCAGAAGCUGCGAUAUUGGGGACCCAAGAUAUACCAUCUGGGGAUUCAGGGGUCCCAGGGAUAGAAGCUGAUAUAACAGGGAUCCAGGCUACAGAGGUGGGGGGUUCAGAAGUUCCAGGAAUAGAGACUGGGACAGCAGAAGCUGUGAUAUUGGGGACCCAAGUGAUAGCAUCUAGGGGUUCAGGGGUCCCAGGGUUAGAAUGUGAGGUAGCUGGGACCCAGAAGACGGAGGUGGGGGCAUCAGGGAUCUCUGGGCGAGAAUCUGAGGUAGGUGGGGCCCAGGAGACAGAGGUGGGGGCGUCAGGGAUCUCUGGGCGAGAAUCUGAGGUAGGUGGGGCCCAGGAGACAGAGGUGGGGGCGUCAGGGAUCUCAGGGUCAGAAUCUGAGGUGGGUGGGGCCCAGGAGACAGAGGUGGGGGUGUCAGGGAUCUCAGGGCCAGAGGCUGGAAUGGCAGAGGCCGGAGUACUGAUGACCCAACAGACAGAAAUUAUAGUUCUAGAGGCUCAGGAGGAAGAGGUUCAGUCUUUAGGGGGCCAGGAGGCAGAGACUGGAGUUGGGAGAGCUCUCAACUCUGGGGCCUUAAAGACCCCAGUUACUCAGCCAAGAGUUGUAGGAUCCCAGGAAACAAAAGCAGAGAUUUCAGGACUACAAGGGUCAGAGACUGAAGUUCUCAGAGUCCAGGAGGCAGAGGCUGGGAUUUGGGGGAUGUCAGAGGCCAAAUCUGGGACUAGGGGGGCCCAGGAGGCAGAGAUGAAGGUUUUAGAGCCUCCAGAGAAUAAAUCUGGUAUUUUUGAGGCCCAGGAAGCAGAGGCUGGGGUCGUAGGAAACCAGAACGGGAAAGAAGCUGAGGGAAGCCUCGCAGAGGCCAGCCUGACUGAAGCACAGGUGGCCAGUGGGGCAGGGGCUGGGGUGCCCAGGGCCUCUUCCCCAGAGAAGGCUGAAGAGGACAGGAGGCUGCCGGGCAGCCAGGCACCGCCUACCCUGGUCAGCUCCAGCCACUCCCUGCUGGAGUGGUGCCAGGAAGUGACCGCUGGCUAUCGUGGGGUCCGCAUCACCAACUUCACCACAUCCUGGCGAAACGGAUUGGCCUUCUGUGCCAUCCUGCACCGAUUCUACCCAGACAAGAUUGACUAUGCCUCCCUAGACCCACUCAACAUCAAGCAGAACAACAAGCAGGCAUUCGAUGGCUUCGCGGCCCUGGGCGUGUCGCGGCUGCUGGAGCCCGCGGACAUGGUGCUGCUGUCGGUGCCUGACAAGCUGAUCGUCAUGACGUACCUGUGCCAGAUCCGCGCCUUCUGCACCGGGCAGGAGCUGCAGCUGGUGCAGCUGGAGGGCGGCGGCGGCGCCGGCACGUACCGCGUGGGCAGCGCCCAGCCCAGCCCGCCUGAAGAUCUGGACGCCGGAGACCUGGCGCAGCGGCUGCGCGAGCACGGGGUCGAGGCGCCCCAGGAGCCCAAGGAGGCCGCUGACCGCGCGGACGGGGCGGCCCCGGGGGCGGCCUCCAGGAACGCGGAUGCGGGCCGCGCCCCCAAGGACGGUGGGGCUGAGGCCGCCCGAGAGGCGCGACCCACGGAGGUCCCGGCAGAGGUGUUGGUGAACGGGGCAGGGGCGCCGGGCGGUGGCGGCGUGAGGCUGCGACGGUCCUCGGUCAACGGGGAGGCCGGGCCUGUGCCUCCGCCCCGCGCGCACGGCUCCUUCUCCCACGUGCGGGACGCAGACCUGCUCAAGAAGAGGCGCUCGCGGCUGCGGAACAGCAGCUCCUUUUCGGUGGACGAUCCGGAUGGGGGAGCCUCGGGAGCCGCAGGAGCUUCGGGAGCUGUGGCUGCGGAAGGCCAGGCCCCUGACCCCAGCCCUGCCCUGGGCCCACCCACAGCUGCAGCCUCUCAACAGCCCCCUGGUAGGAGUCCCCCCUUGGAGGAGCCACCCCCAAGCCCAGGGGAGGAGGCUGGGCUGCAGCGGUUCCAGGACACAAGUCAGUAUGUAUGUGCAGAGCUGCAGGCCCUGGAGCAGGAGCAGAGGCAGAUAGAUGGGCGGGCCGCUGAGGUGGAGACGCAGCUGAGGAGCCUCAUGGAGUCAGGUGCCAACAAGCUGCAGGAGGAGGUGCUGAUCCAGGAGUGGUUCACCCUGGUCAACAAGAAGAACGCUCUCAUCCGGAGGCAGGACCAGCUGCAGCUGCUCAUCGAGGAGCAGGACUUGGAGCGCAGGUUCGAGCUGCUGAGCCGCGAGCUGCGAGCCAUGCUGGCCAUCGAAGACUGGCAGAAAACGUCUGCGCAGCAGCACCGAGAGCAGCUCCUGCUGGAUGAGCUGGUGUCGCUGGUGAACCAGCGCGACGAGCUGGUCCGGGACCUGGACCACAAGGAGCGGAUCGCCUUGGAGGAGGACGAGCGCCUGGAGCGCGGCCUGGAGCAGCGGCGCCGCAAGCUGAGCCGGCAGCUGAGCCGGCGGGAACGCUGCGUGCUGAGCUGAGGCCGCCGGCCUGGGAGGCCCGUAGCUUCUCCAGCCCCCGGCGCCCGCCGCCGCCGCCCCGGGCCUGCGCCCGGGAGGACCCGGCCGCCCCGGAUGCUGUGCGUGUCCGCUAGGGGCCGCUGGCGCCCUUCCCGGGACAGGGCAGGGCGGAUCGCCGGCCCGCGGCUGGGCGGCCGUCGUAUUUAUUUGUCGCCGAGUGUGUGUGCACGCUCGCGGCGGGUGCGGGCACCUCCCCGAUGGCGCGGCUGGGCCAGCGGCCCCGGGGAGAGGGAUGCCUGGGGGCUGCCGCCCUGCGCCGGCUCGCCCUCCUGUUCUCCAGAGCAGUAAAGUUGGACUAGGCUACCC